GGCGGGAGCGCCGCGGGCCGCUGGGGUGGGCGCGUCCGGCCGCGACCCCGACCCGGCCCGCGAUCCCGGACCUCCCGCACACCCCGCACGCAGCCAGCUAGGCCGCACGGCCUCGUACAACGCAUACCUCGCGCCCCCUCGUUUUUUUCUUGGCUGCUUCGCUAGCUGGCGGCUGGGCGGGCUGGGCGGACGGGCGCCGGAGACCCCGCCGGUGGGCGGCCGCGGCUUGUGAACAGGUGGGCGGCCAGGGCCUGGCUUCGGUCUCCUCGCCAUGUCCUCGUCCAGAGACGCCAGCGACCACUUCCCCCUCCAUCUCCUGGUCUGGAACAACGAUUACCGGCAGCUGGAGAAGGAGCUGCGGGGCCAGAAUGUGGAGGCUCUGGACCCACGAGGUCGAACUUUGCUGCAUCUUGCCGUCUCUUUGGGACAUCUGGAAUCUGCUCGCGUCCUGCUUCGCCAUAAAGCAGAUGUGACAAAAGAAAACGGCCAGGGAUGGACAGUUUUACACGAGGCCGUGAGCACGGGCGACCCUGAGAUGGUGUACACGGUUCUUCAGCAUCGAGACUACCACAACACCUCCAUGGCCCUCGAGGGAGUUCCUGAGUUGUUGCACAAGAUUCUCGAGGCCCCGGACUUCUAUGUGCAGAUGAAAUGGGAGUUCACCAGCUGGGUGCCCCUGGUCUCCAGGAUAUGCCCUAAUGAUGUGUGUCGGAUUUGGAAAAGUGGUGCCAAACUGCGCGUCGAUAUCACAUUGCUGGGAUUUGAAAACAUGAGCUGGAUCCGAGGGAGGCGAAGUUUUAUAUUUAAGGGAGAAGACAACUGGGCAGAGCUCAUGGAAGUCAACCAUGAUGAUAAAGUGGUCACCACCGAACACUUCGACCUUUCCCAAGAAAUGGAGCGCCUCACUCUAGACCUGAUGAAGCCAAAAAGCAGGGAAGUUGAGAGGCGGCUCACGAGCCCGGUCAUUAACACCAGCCUCGAUACUAAAAAUAUCGCUUUCGAAAGAACUAAAUCCGGAUUCUGGGGCUGGAGGACAGAUAAAGCAGAAGUUGUUAAUGGUUACGAAGCAAAGGUUUACACAGUGAACAACGUGAGUGUGAUAACCAAAAUACGCACAGAACACCUGACGGAGGAGGAGAAAAAGCGAUACAAAGCGGACAGGAAUCCUUUGGAAUCUUUGUUGGGAACAGUGGAACACCAGUUUGGUGCACAAGGGCAGGACCUCACCACGGAGUGUGCCACCGCCAACAACCCGACAGCCAUCACGCCUGAUGAGUACUUCGAUGAGGAGUUUGACCUAAAGGACAGGGACAUUGGAAGGCCGAAGGAGCUGACAAUUAGAACACAAAAGUUUAAAGCGAUGCUGUGGAUGUGUGAGGAGUUCCCCCUGUCUCUCGUGCAGCAGGUCAUUCCCAUCAUUGACCUGAUGGCCCGGACCAGCGCUCACUUCGCCAGGCUAAGAGACUUCAUCAAGCUGGAAUUCCCUCCGGGAUUUCCUGUCAAGAUAGAAAUUCCCUUGUUCCAUGUCCUAAACGCACGGAUUACAUUUGGCAACGUGAAUGGCUGCAGCACGGCCGAAGAAUCUCCAUCUCAGAACGUGGAAGGGACCCAGGCUGAUUCCGGUGCCCGAGUUAGCAACUUCGAGGUUGACCAAUCUGUGUUUGAAAUUCCCGAAUCCUACCGUGUCCAAGACAAUGGCAGAAACAUACAUCUGCAAGACGAGGACUAUGAGAUUAUGCAGUUCGCCAUCCAGCAGAGCCUGCUGGAGUCCAGCCGGAGCCAGGAGUUUUCAGGACCAGCAUCGAACGGAGGGAUCAGCCCGACACACGCUUACGAUGCCCAGUAUGAGAGGGCCAUCCAGGAGAGCCUUCUCACCAGCACGGAGGGCCUGUGCCCCGAGACCCUGAAUGACAGCAGCCGCUUUGACAGCGACCUCCAGCUGGCCAUGGAGCUGUCUGCCAAAGAGCUGGCGGAGCGGGAACUGCGGCUGCAGGAGGAGGAGGCCGAGCUCCAGCAAGUUUUGCAGCUGUCACUCACCGACAAGUAAAUCUUCCUGCCCACGGGCUGCACGAAGCAGAGGCUCUGGGCUGCCGGCGGGUGCUGCAUCCCUGUUUGCAGCAGACAGCAGCUGCUCCUUCUUUCUGCAGAGGUGCAGGGCCAGGGACUUCCCCGGCCCAUCCUGGACCAUCUCCAGAGUGCAGGAGGGUCCAGGGAUCGGCAGGCCCCAUCUCCAGGUUAGGGGAGGACAUCACCACUUCCAUUAGCUGCACCGGCUUGCAGGUCACAUUCUUAACUACCAGCUUUAGACAACUCUCCCCUCCCUCCACCUUCCAGCCCCCGCAGGUCUGUAGGUUCGUCCUGAGGAAGGAGUGAUGACACGCCAUUGCAGUCAGGGUGCUUUUACCUAUGAUGGCAGCAGCGCCGCCUCUGAGGAGUGUGGUCCGUGAGAGGCUGCGACACUUCUUCACUGUUCACCAAAGAAAUGGAGUGUGCCGAUCUAACUCGUUUUAUUUUUACCUUUGUACAGGGUUUUUAGGACAUUGCCAUUCUUCCUGCUCCAUCUUCACGUUAUUCCAUUCCUUCUAUCCCCUCUCCCCUGCAGCUCAAGUUAGAUAUGUCCAGGCUCUAAAGAUUAUGGUUAACUGUUUGCAUCACACUGAAGAUACACAGAUGACUACGGACGUUGCCUUAGCCUUGAAAAUCACUCAUGGUUUCAAACCACCUCACUCCACUUACCUAGGGAUGGGUCUGAUUUGAAUUUGUAAAGGCAACUCCGAGGAGAGCAAGGGUCCCCAGGCAACAUCAAAGGCAGCUAAUCCUGUCCCGAGGGAGCAGCUAGGGGUCCUCGAAGGAAGCCACAGGUGGCAACUGCUGCAGAUCCCCCUCCCACCAGAAAGGGGGGGAUUGGAUGUGAGCCUAGAAGGGGAGCCCCCCAAGUACAGCUCAGUGGGCUCUUCAUUCAAAAGGGAAAGGGAUGACUCCACGUUGCUUUUUAGAGUUCAAAUCAACAUCUUUCUGGAUAAAUAUAUUUUUUAACAGAAUGUUUUUAUUAUUUUUAAGAGAUAUAAUAAUAAAAUGACUACUCCCAUCAGUAGCAAUACAAGGUUAUACAUUUUAACCAGAUUUUCUCAGGCCUUUUUUGGAUACCUUUAGUAGUUAACUAUUUUGUCUAACCCUCCUGUAAAUAACCAUCGCCCCCCCACCCCACCCCCACGGGACCCUGGGGAGGGCGGCCGGUGCCCCUCUCCCUCUGCGCACUCAUUCCUGCAGGCUGCACUGAUGUCAUCUGAGAAACUAAAAACCUCCUCUGUCCCGUGUCUGUGUCCUCCUCCGUUGAGCUUCUUUUGGGCCAGGAAGGGAAAACUCCAAAAAGGAUUGUCCCAGUUACUGUUUGUAUCCUCCAGUUAGCGUUGCCAGGAAAACCUUCUGAAAACCACGUCCUUAAUUCCAUUGGUUCCUCCUGCCGCUUAUGUCACGAUCUGACCAAAAGUCCUUCGCACAGAAGGCCAGUACAGGUGAUGGCCACCACGUCGCCGACACACAAGCGUAGAAUUUUGUUUACUUGGUGUUUACCGGGAGCGAAGGCCCUUCUUGGGAUCAGCUGCAGUUAGGUCAUGCCAUUUGCUCACCAACCUGUGAACCAUAGGUACCUUCUGUGUUGGCCUCCCACAGCUCUGCUUCUCCUGGAGAGCAUCGUGUCAAACCAUUGCAACGUUGUUCAUGUAUGUGUUUUCUCUUAAAAUGCGAAUAAAGACUGCUUCCUUAGAGGGUGCUCAU